AUGACGGAUAUGAUUCAUAGUAUGGAAGAGCAACCAUUGAUGAGCCUCCCACCUCCAAGUGUACCCAGUUCCUCUACUUUGCCAGGCACAGGUAUUGCUAAUUUACCAAAUCAAAGACAUAAGAUUGUUGCCAAAAAUGGCGCCAAUUUCACCAUCAUGGUUUGUGGUGAAUCGGGUGUUGGAAAAACGACAUUUGUAAACACACUGUUCACAUCCACCAUCAAGGAGCCAAAGAAUCUUACAAAGAGACAUCUCAAGACACCUUCCAAGACUGUCCAGAUCCAAAUUACAAAAGCAGAGCUGGAAGAAAAGAUGUUCAAGGUCAAAUUGACCAUCAUUGACACACCUGGUUUUGGUGAUUAUGUGAAUAACAGACAUAGUUGGAUUCCGAUUGUGGAUUUCAUUGACGACCAACAUGAGAAAUACAUGCGUCAGGAGCAACAGCCUUGUAGAAAGGGUGCUAUUGAUAUGCGUGUUCAUGCUUGCUUGUAUUUCAUCAAACCAACUGGCCACACACUGGCUCCAUUGGACAUUGAAGUGAUGAAGCGUUUGGGUUCUCGUGUCAAUCUGAUCCCUGUCAUUGCCAAAGCCGAUACUUUGACACCCAUUAAUUUGGACAAAUUCAAGCAGAAUAUCAGAGAAGUCAUUGCAGCACAGAACAUCCAAGUGUACACUUGUCCUAUCGAUAGUGACGAUGAGUUUAUUACCAAGAGAAAUCGUACCAUCAUGGCAGCAUUGCCGUUUGCUGUUAUUGGAUCCACUCAAGAUGUGAUCACCAUGGACGGUAGAAAAGUAAAAGGGCGGGAGUAUUCCUGGGGCGUCGCUGAAGUCGAGAAUGAUGCUCACUGUGAUUUUAAAAAGCUGAGAAGCUUACUGAUUCGAACACACAUGUUGGAUCUCAUUACUACAACUGAAGACAAUCACUAUGAAAACUAUCGCCAAACUCAAAUGGAGACUCGCAAAUUCGGUGAGGCUCGUUCUCAGCCCAAUGAAAACGCAAAAUUCAAGGAAGAUGAGGAAUCCUUGCGCAAGCGAUUUACGGAUCAGGUUAAAUCUGAAGAGCAACGUUUCAGACUAUGGGAGAAGCAGUUGUUGAAUGAAAGAGAUCGUCUUCACAAGGAAUUGGAAUUACAGGGCGAGAGAAUCAAAGAGCUGCAAAAUGAGUUAGAGUCUUACUACUAUCAUCAACGUGAUAAAUCUAUCAGAAAGUAA